AUGUCAUACUCUACAGUUGUUUUGGCUCUUCUCGUGAGCAUCGUAUUGGCUGGAGCUGAGGAUCAAGUAGGUCAAAUUGGUGGAAUGGAAGGACAAAUGGGACAACAAGGAGGAGAAAAUGGAGGUCAAUUUGGACUAGGAGGACAGACUGGAGGAGUUCAACCAGGAGUUGGUGGAUUCGAAGGACAGCCAAAUGAAGCAGGACAACUGUCUGGAUUCGGAGAAAAUGGACAAGGAAUGGCAGGAGGACAACCAGGACAGCCAGGACAACCAGAACAGAUUGGACAACCAGGUAGCGGAAUCGGAAACAAUGUGCAACAACCAGGAAUUUAA